CUCUCUCUCUCUCUCUCUCUCUCACACACACACACACACACACACACACACACACUCAUACUCAGUGCAUGUUCAGGCUUUUAUUUAGGGCGAGGUUCAUCACUGAUCUGCUCCACUGUUCUGCUCCUGCUUCAGCUCUGAAGCACUGUUGUGAUCGCACCAGGAAUCGUGUUGAUUUAUUUAUUAUUUUUAUUACUUCUCUUUUUUAUUGCAUGUACAUCAUGUGCUUUUUGUGGUUCCAGCCGUUCAGUCUGAUCCAGCGACUCUUCUCCUGGCGCUCACAUGGUGUCACUCAGGGCGGAGAGACGCUGCUGUUUUUUGAUCUGGAAACUACAGGCUUAAACAUCAAUGAAUGUGAUAUAGUUCAGCUGUCAGCCAUCAGUGGAGAGACGAUCUUUAAUGUCUACGUGUUUCCUCGGUGCCCUAUAGACGACGGCGCUUCCAAGGUUACAGGUCUGACCACAAAGGGAAAGACGCUGUUCCUACACGGACAGCCGAUGCCGACGCUCCCACUAGAAGAGGCUCUUAAACGGUUCAUCUCCUUCCUUAAAACCUUCAGCAGACCAAUUCUGGUGGGUCACAACUGUAAACGCUUUGACUGUCCUGUCCUGCUGCGAAUCCUGAGAGAGUUCUAUCUGCUGAAGGAGUUUCAGGACGUAGUGUCCGGUUACCUGGACACACUGGUGCUCAGUAGGGACAUGUUUCUGCUCCAGAAAUAUUCUCAGCCCUUCCUGGUCCAGCAUUUCCUUCAAAAAUCCUAUGGAGCUCACGAUGCUACUGAGGACGUGCGCGCUCUACAGGAGCUCUAUAGAGUUUGGAGGCCAAACCCAGGCCUUGUAAAUAAACACAAGUUUAUUUUAUAGCUGAAAUACAUCAGGGGAGACUGGGGUCGUUCAUUUUAUAAUAGGAUCAGUUGUAUCGCUCUGAAUUGCUUUAGUCAGCAACUGGUGACACUAAUGCUGCACAUGCUCAGUCGUGUCACUGCAUGGAAAGCAGCAGCAGCUUAAUCACAGCAUUGAAAAUUAAAGUUUUUAAAAGUA